AUGAACGACCACUGGCAGCAAGACGAGGAGGCUCGAGCCUCCCAGCCAGCACUCUAUAGGCUCAACUCCAAUCAGAGCAUGUCUAGCAUUUUUGAGGAAGUAGAAAUGGCACAUGAAGAGCUGUACUCUGGACCGGUUGCCGAAAGCCUACCCACGAGCGUCUCAGCCUUCUCGCAUCGCCGGCACCGAGCGAAUUCGACAGCCAGCUUUACCUAUCACGAGGAAGAGCCACGCGAAGACACUUACUCGGAGAAUUCGGACGAAAAUAGCCAUGGUAGUGAUCAGGAUCAAUACAGCCGAAGACAAAGCAUUGGUAGCGAUCUUGACGAUGCGGAUUUUGCUGUUGUCGACGACGAGGACUCCGCCGACCGCCAAUAUAUCGCGUAUGAUGACGACUACCUCUUGCGGCGACGCUCAUCUACAAACUCGCGGCUAUCAGUCCACGCUCGCUUGCUAAGAAGGGACAGUGCUGCUACAGCAGGAAGCGCUCGGCAAAUUGGAAGAACUAGCCAAAAAGUCUACAUGUCCAACGAAGAUCUUACCAUUGCAAUUGCAGGGUUUUCUACGAGCUACUGGGGCUUUGCUGCAUAUUUUUUACUGUGCCUCACAACUGGUGGCAUUGCUUUCCUGGUUUUGCGAUGGCUUCCUCGUUGGUAUGUCGCUAUAUUGGGACGAGCUACGGCGCUUCAACGCUGCGACUGGGUAGUUAUUGAGAAUCAAUGGGGCGAACUUGCAAUCGUCGAUGUCAGGUCUCAAGACUAUGGACGGCCCGUGUCCUCAGUAUUUGGCGCAUCCGAGAAGCUUCUUUCGUAUGGCUUGGACGACGAAAAUGACCCUCUACUUGAGGAUCUGCGAACUCUUGAAUAUCGCUAUGUUCGUUUCUUUUAUCACCCUAUAAAGGACAGGUUUAUCUUGUCGUCGGGCUGGAAGGACCCGGACUGGACCGACGUCCGCCUAGUACGAUCGGGAUUAGACAGCGAUGAAAAAACGAUGCGAGAGCAGAUUUUCGGUUCGAACCUCAUUGACAUUGAGCAGAAAUCCGCUAGUAAGCUCCUGGUUGAUGAAGUUCUACAUCCAUUCUACAUCUUUCAGAUUGCCAGCUUGGUACUUUGGUCCAUGGAUUCGUACUACUACUACGCUGCUUGCAUUUUUGUCAUGUCAGUAGGAAGCAUAGCGGCAACGCUUUUGGAAACCAGAGCAACGAUGCGGAGGCUGAGAGAAAUCUCCCGCUUCGAAUGCGAUGUGCGUGUGCUGCGUAAUGGAUUUUGGAAAUAUGUGACAUCCAGUGAUUUGGUGCCUGGCGAUGUGUAUGAACUCAGCGAUCCGAAUCUCUCCCAAUUUCCUAGCGACAGCUUACUGCUCAGCGGCGAUUGCAUUGUCAAUGAGAGCAUGCUUACAGGCGAAUCCGUGCCCGUCUCAAAACUACCCGCCGUCGAUCAGACUCUGCGUGAAAUGAAUCUUUCUGCGUCGUCUGUUUCGCCUGAAACAGCACGCCAUUUUCUGUAUUGCGGUACCAAGAUCGUGCGUGCACGACGUCCACAAGAAGACCAAGAUGGCGAUGCAGUCGCUCUCGCACUGGUUGUUCGAACAGGUUUCAAUACGACCAAAGGAGCACUUGUACGCUCAAUGCUUUUUCCCAAGCCUUCUGGUUUCAAAUUCUACCGGGACUCUUUCCGGUAUAUCAGCGUGAUGGCGGGAAUUGCCUUGGUCGGCUUUACAGCCUCACUUGCCAAUUUCAUUCAUUUAAAAAUGGCAUGGCAUUUGAUCAUCGUUAGAGCGCUCGACCUCAUCACAAUUGUUGUCCCCCCAGCGCUCCCAGCCACGCUGACUAUCGGUACAAACUUUGCACUAUCUCGGCUCAAAAGAAAGCAGAUUUUCUGCAUCAGCCCUCAGCGAGUCAAUGUCGGAGGAAAGCUUGACAUCAUGUGCUUUGACAAAACAGGAACCCUUACAGAAGACGGUCUCGAUGUUCUUGGUGUACGAGUUGUUUCGGAAGAUACAGGCGCGUUCGGCGGUGUCUUGAAAGAAUCUGGCUCUUUCGGACACAUGACUGCAGCAGAUUCGCACUCUAGCCUGUUACAUGCAGCAAUGUACACCAUGGCAACAUGUCAUUCGUUACGUUCGAUAGACGGGGAGCUGGUUGGCGAUCCACUAGACCUAAAAAUGUUCGAGUUCACAAAGUGGUCCUUUGAGGAAGGAACGCAAACCAUUGGCGACGGAGAAGAUGAUGAGAGCGGCCUAGCCCCAUCGACAGCCAAGCCCCCAGAUGGCGAAAUGGAACUCGGAGUUCUUAAAUCUUUCGAAUUUGUCUCGCAAUUGCGACGAGCCAGCGUGGUUGUGCGUCAAUUUGGCAAAAAGAGUGGUGACAUUUUUGUCAAAGGCGCACCAGAAGCGAUGCGUGAGAUUUGCGAUCCCGAAAGCUUCCCUACUGAUUACGAAGAACUCUUGUCGCACUACACGCACAAAGGCUAUCGUGUAAUUGGGUGUGCCACGCGCCAUUUAAAAAAGCUCAGCUGGAUCAAGGUCCAGAAAAUGACUCGCGAAGAGGUAGAGAGCGGUCUGCGCUUUGUCGGCUUCAUUAUCUUUGAGAACAAACUGAAGCCCAGCACAGCUCCAGUGUUAAAAGAGCUCGUUGAAUCCAACAUUAGAGCGGUGAUGGUCACCGGAGACAACAUCUUGACCGCUAUCAGCGUUGCGAGAGAAUGUGGCCUGUUGGAGAAACAUGCACACUGCUUCGUGCCUCGCUUCGUUGACGGUGACUUUCGAGACCCGACUGCUAAACUACAGUGGGAAAGCAUCGAUGGUAGCGUAUACUCCCUCGACAGCUCAACCUUGCUUCCCCACCCAAUGCAUCCCGAAGCCGAUCUUUCCCUUCCCUAUGAUAUAACUAAUCUUCGAAACUACUCCCUGGCGGUCAGCGGUGAUGUUUUCCGCUGGAUCGUGGAUUAUGCGCACCCGCUGGUACUUCGUCGGAUGCUUGUUCUCGGAGGUGUCUUUGCUCGAAUGUCACCAGACGAAAAACAUGAGCUCGUCGAAAAACUCCAAAGCAUCGACUAUUCAUGCGGGUUCUGCGGUGACGGUGCAAAUGACUGCGGGGCCUUGAAGGUGGCAGAUGUUGGAAUCUCCUUGUCAGAAGCAGAAGCGUCAGUCGCAGCUCCCUUCACAUCCAGAGUGUUUGACAUUCGUUGCGUGCUGGAAGUAAUUAGGGAAGGGCGCGCUGCUCUCGUCACCAGCUUCAGCUGCUUCAAGUACAUGAGUUUGUACUCAGCGAUACAGUUCACGUCUGUAAGCUUUCUUUAUGCCAAGGCUUCAAAUCUCGGCGAUUUUCAGUUUCUAUUCAUUGAUCUGCUCCUGAUUUUGCCCAUCGCCAUAUUUAUGGGUUGGGCAGGUCCGGCUCGGAUACUGUAUACGAAACGCCCCAUAUCCGGACUGGUUUCCCGGAAAGUACUUACACCGUUACUUGGGCUCAUGGCAAUCUGCAUUGCCAUUCAGGCUAUAGCAUACAUCACUGUCCGGGAGCAAUCUUGGUACAUCCCUCCGGUAAUCGGCCACGAUGAGUCUGACAUCAAGAACUCGGAGAAUACAGCCCUUUUCUUAAUAUCUUGUUUCGAAUAUGUGUUUUCCGGAGUGAUCCUAAAUGCGGGUCCUCCGUUCAGAGAGAGCACAGCGCAUAAUUGGCCGUUCAUUGUCACAGUUCUGAUGUCACUUGCCAUAACAGUUUUCAUGAUAGCCGGGUCAUCUAAAUGGCUUAAUAAGCUGAUGGAGCUCACGAAAAUGUCGUGGGAUUACAAGCUUUUCUUAGUGGGAUUGGGGUGCCUCUAUCUAGGAGUCGCUUGGACAUUCGAGAAAUACGCUGCCGCUCCGCUGUCAAAGUUUUUCGGGCAGGUCAAAAUUGCUGCUACAGGAAAACAAAAGCAGAGAAAACAGUACAAACAAAUCCAGGAUGAACUGCGUACUGAUAUGAUGCAGUGA